GGGACUUCCACAACUAAAUACCAAGAAGCAUUCUGGUCUCUUUAGUUCUAGACAUUAGCAAGAAGACCUCAGACCCCGGGUAAGACGAGAGACAUGGGAAAUCACCUCCAAAUCUCCGUUUCCCUGGUGCUGUGCAUCUUUAUCCAGUCAAGUGCCUGUGGACAAGGCGUGGGAACAGAGCCCUUUGGGAGAAACCUUGGAGCUAUUGAAGCAAGGAAACCGUUACAGAAGCCAGAGAUCAGACUCCUGCUCUUCAAAGAUGAAAGUGACCGCCUGGGUUGUCAGCUCAGACCUCAGCACCCGGAAACACUGCAGGAGUGUGGCUUCAACAGCUCCCAUCCACUUGUCAUGAUCAUCCACGGGUGGUCGGUGGAUGGCUUGCUAGAAACCUGGAUCUGGAAGAUAGUGGGUGCCCUGAAGUCCCGACAGUCCCAACCCGUGAACGUGGGAUUAGUGGACUGGAUCUCCCUGGCACACCAGCACUAUGCUAUUGCCGUGCGCAACACCCGUGUUGUGGGCGAGGAAGUGGCUGCUCUUCUCCUAUGGCUGGAGGAGUCUAUGAAGUUUUCUCGGAGCAAAGUUCACUUAAUUGGGUACAGCCUGGGAGCACACGUCUCAGGAUUCGCAGGCAGCUCCAUGGGCGGGAAGCGCAAGAUCGGAAGAAUCACAGGGCUGGACCCUGCAGGCCCUAUGUUUGAGGGAACUUCCCCCAACGAGCGCCUUUCUCCAGAUGACGCCAAUUUUGUGGAUGCCAUUCAUACCUUUACCAGGGAGCACAUGGGUCUGAGUGUGGGCAUCAAACAGCCCAUUGCCCACUAUGACUUCUACCCCAACGGGGGCUCCUUCCAGCCUGGCUGCCACUUCCUGGAGCUCUACAAACACAUUGCAGAGCAUGGCUUAAAUGCCAUAACCCAGACCAUCAAAUGUGCCCAUGAGCGUUCUGUGCACCUCUUCAUUGACUCCUUGCAACACAGCAACCUGCAGAACACAGGCUUCCAGUGCAGCAACAUGGACAGCUUCAGUCAGGGUCUAUGUCUGAACUGUAAGAAGGGCCGUUGCAACAGUCUGGGCUAUGACAUCCGCAGGGAUCGGCCACGCAAGAGCAAGACACUCUUCCUCAUCACCCGAGCCCAGUCUCCCUUCAAAGUUUAUCAUUACCAGUUCAAGAUCCAGUUCAUCAAUCAAAUGGAGAAGCCAAUAGAGCCUACUUUUACCAUGACACUGCUGGGGACAAAAGAAGAAAUAAAGAAAAUUCCCAUCACCCUGGGCGAAGGAAUUACCAGCAAUAAAACCUAUUCCUUACUUAUCACGCUGGACAAAGACAUCGGCGAGUUGAUCGUGCUCAAGUUCAAGUGGGAAAACAGCGCAGUGUGGGCCAAUGUCUGGAACACAGUGCAGACCAUCAUGCUAUGGGACGCAGAGCCUCACUACGCGGGCCUCAUUCUGAAGACCAUCUGGGUCAAAGCUGGAGAGACGCAGCAAAGAAUGACAUUUUGCCCUGAUAAUGUGGAUGAUCUCCAGCUUCACCCCACCCAGGAGAAAGUCUUCGUGAAAUGUGACCUGAAGUCAAAAAGACUGAAGAAGCAAAAGAGCAGAUGAGUCAAGAGACCCAAGCAUAAAAUAAAUAGACUAUUCUUUAUCUGUAAUGGUUGCCUUAUUCGGAAGCCAAAUUACACAAAGGAUCAUGCAUAAACUUAAAUAAAGCUGAUAUGUAAAGGA